CCAGACCCUGGACUGUUUCAGGCACAGCUGUUUCCAUUCAUCAGCCUAGGACGUCCAAGGAGCGAAAACCUGCCCACUCCAUCCACGUGACUCUCAUCUCCCUCUGGGGAGGGGGAUAGCAUAGGGCGGGUCUGGAAAGCUGGGAUACAUCAUUCUGGCCUCCGUACCCCUCCCUUUCUCAGUCCAUUGGGAGGCAGAAGACAGGAAAUGACUGCCAUGGAUGUGGUAUGAUUUUUUACUGAAACAGCAUUUUGUAGCCCAGGCCCCAUGCUGUCCACAGCUGUUUUUCUCUCUGAUACCAGCCAGGUGGCCCCGUCCUUUGUGUUCCCCUCCUCACCCCCUCACAUGACUUCAGCCUUUGGAUUCUCAGCUCCUGGCAGCUUUCCACAUUCCACUGCUCUUUCAGAACCCAGGCAUCCUGGCCUCCAGCUGAAACCGCUGCAUGUGGCUUCCCCCACCCCUGGCCCCGUGACUCAGGCCCUCUGAAGGGACCAGCCCUCUUCUUGGCACUCACUGGGGAGGGGGGCAGGGGAAGGGGGGCCAGGUGGUGACAUCACAGUUGAGGGGUAUAAAAGCUUUGAGCCAAAACAGAAUUGAAAUUGAAGACACUGAGAAAACCUGACUGCGCAGCCUGUGCUCCUGGGGACCUCUUAGGACCCCCGGCCUGCUACUCACUGCAUCAAGGCCUACCCACUGCACCCAGUUCAUUCAUCAGCUGUUUCUCGCGCUUCAUGCACUGCUGGUCGCACACUUCCCUCUGCUGGGUCAGACGACAUUUUAUUCUUUUUCGCCCAAAACCAAGCACAUAGGCUGUUCAGAAGUUGGAUGACAAAGGGGUGUAUCGUCUCAUUUCCACCUCUUUCCUGUUCUCCUCUCGGUCCCCGUUCGGUCGUGUUUCCCUGUCUCUAGAGCUUUUGUUGAGGGAGGGGGGCCUGCAAGGUGUGAGGGCUGGCCGGCCUUCACCCUUCCCCCUCCUUCCCUUCCAGACCCCAUGCCGGGAAAUCCCCGCCUUCUGUGGCUCCUGGCUGUCACCUUCUCCUUGGUUCCCAGAGCGCAGCCCUUGGCGGGAGACGCGGAAGAAGAGGAGCAAAAUGAGACACCUCUGCCGGCUGUCCCCUGCGACUACGACCGCUGCCGCCACCUGCAGGUGCCCUGCCAGGAGCUGCAGAGGGCCGGCCCGACGACGUGCCUGUGCCCCGGCCUCUCCAGCGCCACGCAGCCGCCCGACCCGCCACGCCUGGGGGAAGUGCGCAUGGAGGCCGAGGCGGGCCGCGCCGUGGUGCACUGGUGCGCCCCCUUCUCCCCGGUCCACCAGUACUGGCUGCUGCUUUGGGAAGGCGCCGGGGCUCCGCAGAAGGGGCCCCCCCUCAACUCGACGGUCCGCCGAGCGGAGCUGAAGGGCCUGAAGCCCGGGGGCGCAUACGUCGUCUGCGUGGUGGCCGCCAACGCGGCCGGGGAGAGCAGCGUGCCCGGGGCCGAGGGCCUCGACGGCGCGGGCGGCCCCGCCUUCGGGCCCUGCGGCCGGCUGACUGUGCUGCCGAGGCCACUCACGCUGCUGCACGGGGCCGUGGGCGUGGGCUCGGCGCUGGCCCUGCUCAGCUGCUCCGCCCUGGUCUGGCACUUCUGCCUGCGCGAGCGCUGGGGCUGCCCCCGCCGAGGCCGCCCGAGCGGCGCGGGACUCUGAGGCCGCCCGGGGGCCUCUCCGGCCAAGCUAAGCCCGGCGCCGCUCCGGGGGAGGUGGCGGCCCCCGACAGACGGCGGGAUGGAAGGCCGGGCGCUGGGCCCCCACUGAGUCGGUUCAGGCCCCAGACUUUCCACUCUGCCCCGAGCUUAGGUUUAGGAGUAGAGGAGGUCAGCAAAUUUUUUCUUAAGGGACCAGAAUAAUUUAGGCUUUGUGGUUCCAGGGGAUAAAAUCGAAGAUAUCAUGUAGUUCUUACACAACCAUGUAACCAUUUAAAAAUGUAAACAUCAUUCUUAGCUCUUGGGACUUACAAGUCAGGCCCUGGCCAGAUUCGGCCCGUUGGCUACGGUUAGUCUACGUCUGUCGUACAGCCUCAAAAGGGCCCUGCCACUAUGGGUGGCUUCCGUGGGGUUUUGAGAAUAAGCUGCUGCGGUAUGGGAGUUUGGGGCUAGAGACCACUCCUUCUCCUUCUGCCUUUUUGUUUAGAUAGUGAGGAUGCGCGCUGAGUUAGAAUCUGCCUGUGUCUGAGGCAGGUGGAAAUAAAUGACUGACAUGGGGUGGAGAAGAGAAGGACUGCCCAAGCUGCUGUCUGGGACAAGCUUGCGGUUUUGGUAGUAAAAUUAUAAUAAUAAUAAUACAAUAAUAGCAAAGGAUUCCCCCUCCCCCAUUUGUGUUUAUUGUAUAUUCACUGUAACAACAUUAAAGGAGAUGUAAAAGGAAAA